AUGAAUCUUCGAGCCCUGAUUGUGAUCGGCUUCUGUGCCGCAGAGAUACCUGCUGAAGGUCGGCCGCUCCUCCGACACGCCGCGCAGGCCACGACGGCGGCGCCCCCGAGGGUCACCACAAAGAAGGUAGCAGGGACCACCAAGGGCACUCUUACCCCGCAGCCUACCACCAAGGCGGCUACCACCAAGGCGGUUACGACCAAGGCGGUUACGCUGGCUCCCGAGGAUACGACUACCGAAAUUCUACAGGACAAGGAAAUCAAACCCGCAACCAAGCCAGCGGGUGGGGAUGAGCCUACACCGACCCCGAAAGAGGCCUCGGAAGCCUCGCAGUCCCUUGCGACAGAGCUAGAGGAGAUCGGGCAAGCCGCCAGUGAGGCUGCUGCCACUGAGAUGCCCAACCUCGACGAGGAAGACACUACCCAGGGCCUGUCUGAUGAUCUCAAGUCUUCCUUUACUGACCUCGGCGUCACGCAGUCCGAGGAAGACGAGGCUACCGCCGAAGCUGCAGCUGAGGGCGAGGAGAGCACAGAAGCUGAGGAGGAAGAUAAGGAGGAAGAUAAGGAGGAAGAUAAGGAGGAAGAAGAGACCGAAGCCGAGGAGGCUGAAGGUGAGGAAGAGUCCACUGAAGCCGAAGAGGCUGAAGAAGAGACCAAGCCUGAAGACGAAGGUGAGGAAGAGACCACCAAGGCAGAAAAGGCUGAAGGUGAGACCAAACCUGAGUCAGAUGAAGGUGAGGAAGAGACCACCAAGGCCGAAGAGGCUGAAGGUGAGACGAAACCUGAGGAGGAAGGUGAGACGAAACCUGAGGAGGAAGGUGAGGAAGAGACCACUAAGGCCGAAGAGGCUGAGGAUGAAACCAAGCCUGAAGAGGAGGCUGAGGAAGACACAACUAAGGGAGAUGAGGGUGAAGAAGAGACUAAGCCUGAGGAGGAAAGUGAGGAAGAGACCACUAAGGGCGAUGAGGCUGAAGAAGAGACGAAGCCUGAGGAGGAAGGUGAGGAUGAUACCACUAAGGCCGAAAAGGCUGAAGGUGAGGAGGAGGAAACCACCGAGGCUGAGGAAGGGGCCGAGGAGAAGGAAGAGUCCACCAAGCCGGAGGAGGGUGAGGAUGAGGAAGCCACUGAAGAGGACGAGAAGGAGGUGAAAGAGAAAGAGGAAGACGCCAGCACUGAACCUGAUGCCGAAGCGGAAGAACAAACAACCGCAGGAGAGCACGAGGUUGAGGUGGUGAUUGUCAAGGGUGAAGAACGUAAGGUGAAGAAAGUUAAGAUCUUCGGGGACGAAGAGAGCGCCCUGAAGAAACUGGCGGAGGCCGAGGGUGCUGAUCAAGUGAUUGUUCAGCCGAGGACAGUUAGUGGACGUAAGUUGCAGCCGUACUUCGGAUUCGGCGGUCCCGGUUUUGGCUUUGGCUUUGGCGGCUACGGCGGCUAUGGCGGCUAUGGCGGCUUUGGUGGCUAUGGUGGUUAUGGUGGAUUUGGUGGUUACCCAUAUGGCGGCUAUGGUGGUGGCUAUGGUGGCCGUUGGGGCGGCUAUGGUCGACGUUGGUAG